CUUCAACACCACACCAACACCCAGAACCAAGGAAACAAAAAGAAAAAAAGGAACAGGCGAAAGGAAAGGGAAAAAAUGACCACCCCAAAACCGCACAUCGCGCAAACCCUCCUCGAGCGCGCCCACUCCCCCGACACCGCAUCCCAACUGUUCAAAGAACGCAUAAAACAGAAACCGCUCUACCUGCGCCCGACAUCGCCCACACCCGAAGACAACCGCGACCGACGCCGUCGCCACCGUCUCCAGAAGAAAGCGUACUUCCUCCGCAAACAGAAGCCGCGGCCGCUGUCGGCGCGCGAGAAGCGCGUCUCCGGUAUCUACGACCUGCCCAAGGAGGAGUGCAAGUAUGCGAUUUUCAAGGGCCUGCAUGCCAUGUGGGUGGGGUAUAUGCGAGAGGUGCUGGAUCUCGGGGGUCGCAAGCCGGAGGAGGUUAAUGUGACGGCGUUGUCGCAUGGGAGUAAGCUGGUUAGUGCUGAUUUCCACGGGGCGGAGGUCGAGGUUGUGAGGAGUCGGUGUGCGGGGAGGGUGGGCGUUAGGGGUAUUGUGGUGCGGGAUACGAAGUUUACUUUUGUGGUUGUUACGGAGAGGGAUGAGGUUAAGACUUUGCCGAAGGAACAGACCAUUUUUCGCUUUCGGGUGCCGUUGUCUGCACCGGGUCAGGAUGAUAUGGAUGUGACGGAAGACGCAAGUGCGAAUGCUGGUUCCAAUGCUAGAAAGGACCUUACGUUUGAGCUUCAUGGGAGUCAGUUCCUGAAUCGGCCGGUGGAUCGUGCAAACAAGAAGUUCAAGUGGCGCAAUGUGGACUAUCUUUGAUUGAUGGUGUGGUAUUCGCCUAUAUUUUUAUGAUGUUGACGACACUCUACGACGGGGUAGGCCCGGCGAAAAGACAAUCCUUAUUUGGCAGUCAUGCUGGCAGCGGAGCGCGGAUGCUGAAGGAAUGAAGCGCAAAACGCGACGCAGAGGAUACCGGCGCGGAGUCGAUAUAGGAGAGGUUUCCUGGCGUAGCCUGCGCAUUGCCUACGCAUUGCCUGCCCCCAAGCAUGACCAAGCCUCCGGCAUCCCAUGCCGUCCGUUGGCAUCAAAUCUCUUUCGGAGGAACCAUCGAAAGUAGGGAUGCUGCGCCUCGAAGGCCGCAGCUCUGCUUCUCCGGCCUUAUAUUGAGCUUGUCUUACAUAUGCUACAGGAUGUGAGCUAUUAGGCCAUUAGCCAGUAUUUAGACGUAUGCUAUUGAGGUGGUUUAAUGGGUAUCAUUUUGACUAGAACAAAUGCUUCUCU